AUGUAUGGUAAUUUAUUUCUAUACGAUCUGAAAUAUAAAUUAGUUGCAUUUGAAUCGGGUUCAUUGUCGUCAUCAUCUCGAUGCUUGAUACUUAUCGGUGGUCUUAGUGAUGGUCUUUUAUCACUUCCUUAUGUUGAAAGACUUUCAUCUUCACUCGAAUCUCUUUCAGACCCGUACACAUUAAUUCAACCAUUAUUUCGUUCAUCGAAUCUUCAAUAUGGUUGGCAUACGAUCGAUGAUGAUAUUGAAGAUUUAAAAACAUUAAUUGAAUAUUUAAUUAAUAAUCGACCUAAUUUAACAUCGAUUAUAUUAAUGGGACAUUCGACUGGUUGUCAAGAUAUUAUUCAUUUUCUACGUCAAGAGAGAAAACAUCUAAAAAUUCACCGAGUUAUUCUUCAAGGACCUGUUAGUGAUAGACAAUAUUUAUCUCAGCUUUCUUCAACAAAAGAUCAAUUAAAUUAUUGUUUAAAAAAUGAUGAAAAUAUCAAAGAAUGGUUACCAAGAUAUCUUCAUGAUCCACCAUUAACUGUUCAACGUUGUUUAUCUUUUAAUCAACCAAAUUCAAUUGAAGAUCUUUUUUCAAGUGAUUUAACAGAUGAACAAUUGAAUCAGAUUUAUGAAAAAAUCGAAACACCAAUAACAUGGAUUUGGUCAAAACAAGAUGAAUAUGUUCCAUCGAGUAUUAAAGAUAACGUUGAAAGUUUUGUUAAGAAUAAAUUAGCAAAUAAAAAUAAUUCAACAUUUUUACUGCUUGAAGAAGCAGAUCAUGCUAUUAAUAAUCAACAAGAACAAAUUUCUAUGAUUGAACAUAUUACUCAACUUAUCUUAUCAUCUAACAAAUAA